AGAGGGGAAAAAAAUGUAAUCAGGUGGUGUUCAUGGGUUCAAUGUUCAUUUAGAAAUCUGAUGGCCAAGGGGAAAGAAACUGUUCCUGAAUCAUUGAGUUCAAUACAAGGGAAAACUGUUCAAUAUAAAACGUCCAAUAUAAGAGAAAACUAUUUUAAUAACUAACAUAAAGUAUUUGUAGAAACCUUCACUCUGUGAUAAAUGAAAUCAGUAAUAGUUUGCAAUUAUACACUGUACGUAUUUGUUCUAAAGUUCCUAAGGCACAUCAGAAUCAGAAUCAGGUUUAUUAUCACUGGCGUGUGUCGUGAGAUUUGUUAGCUUUGGUUAUGAUCAAACAAAAAUUGGCACAAAGCCACAUACGGCCAUGUUACACUGUGUAUUAGGAAGUUGGUCAAUUAUUUUGGAGCUUUGUGCUAGAGAUUCACAAUGUGAUCUUACCUUCCAAGAAACAGUAAUGUUAUCAGCCGCCACCAACAAAAUGGAGGCUGUUGAUCCUUUUCACGCCUUGUGGCACAUCGGGUGGCAUUUUUUGCCGUUUCCUUAGCAUUUUGACUGUUUUUUAUGAGGCCGAGUUGCUAGCUUGACGCUCAACCCAGCACGGAUGGGAAGGGUGCAAAGACGGCCGGAUUCGAACCAGGAAUUCGAACUCCAAGUCUGGCGCCGAUGCCACUACACCACAGGCCGGCAACAAAAUGGAGGGCAGGUAAUUUAUUCCCAAUUUUCUCUCUGAGGAAUUAUUUGUUAGAGCUUUGACUUUUUUUUCCUGAACAAUUACUGUUAUUUCACAGUGCCUUUAAUUGCUUCCUUUCUUUUGAUCCCUCUAGCUGAUGCAAAUGGCUGACUGGAAAUCUGUAUCUAAGCUGGCCACUGAGACGGGCAGGCAACUGCCUAGUAGCUUUUUUGAUGACUGCCUCACCCAUCCUGUCUGAUUCGCAAUCUCAGCUCCGAUCUCUCCGGUGUCUGGGAGCUUAUGUUGUCAAUGCUCUGCCGGGUUUUGCAUUUGCUGUGGUAAAUUACAAUGUGUAAGAUAUUUAGUUAAUUAUCCCCAACCCAUGUCAGACUUGCUGGUCACUCUUUUUGUGACAUUCAUGUUACCCUUCUUGCCUUUAAAUAUUUUCUAUUUCCCAGACAUUCUCAAACUGUUAACAAUUUUCCCAACAGAAGGACAGUCUCGUACAUAUGUGGAAGAGAAAUAUCCAGGAAGACAGAAGCAGACAAAUAUAUAUAUAUAUAAAAUCCCAAUUUACGAAAGAAUCUGGAGCAACAGCAACUGAUGUUUACUGCUGUCCCAGUACCUUGUAAUUUUGCACGGAUGAUUAAUGUUUGCAUCUGCAGGUUCUCUGAGCUGGAGCUGGUGAAGUUCAGUUUGAAAUUUAUAGAACUCGCUAAGCAAAAUAAACAGGCAAAUAGCAAACAUCCAAUAUUUCAACACAGCUUAAAACACUUGAAAACUAACUAUCUGAGUGAAAAAUGAGCAGUAAUAAAGGAAAUAAAUGAAAGAGUUAAGCCCGUUUUAAACGGCGGGCUGCAUUGGAGGGUGAAUUUGAGUCCUGUGUAACCUCAAGAUUCUGUGAAUAUGCUGUGAUUAGUCUAUAUAUAGAUGGUAAGGCUCAAGUCUGGAGUAUGCGGAUACUGUGGUGUUUGAAUGGCCUGGGGAUGUACCUAUCAUCCAACAGCCAAAGCAGUCAGAUAGUAACAGACCCUGGGGAAUCAGCUGAGUCACUUCAACAGCUUGAGACUCGAUAAAUACAGGCUCUGGAGACUCAGGAGCUGAAUGUGGAAGUCUGCGACUGAAGUCUUAUUUGCUGAAGAAUUGAAAGCUCCUGGAUCCAUUUAAGCUUUGACUGGUAGCCAUGACUAUCAAAAGUGCAACACUAAGCUAGCACAGCUUCCAUGCAAGUUUUUUCUCUCGUAAAAAUUCUUUAUUUUCAUUGCGGCAGAAAAUUGUUAUCUUCAGAACAGUUCGUAUUUACAUGAAGAAUUUCGAAGGAUUUUCUGGCAUUUUCAGUGCAGAGGUUUUCUAAUAAAUUAAAAGAACAGCAAUUAUUGGUUAUGGCUGGAAUGCAGAGAUGGGAGAAGACCGUUUUCCUUCUGAUGUGUUUACUGGGACUGCUUGUGGAGUUGGUGAGUGGGAGCUUGUUGAAGCACCAUUCUCAUUCAAGCUUUAUCCAUCGUAGACUGAACAGCAGGGAGAGGAGAGAGAUGCAAAAAGAGAUCUUGUCUAUCCUGGGCCUACCUCGCCGCCCCAAGCCUCUGCUCUCCUUCAAACGCUCAUUUUCUGCCCCAGUCUUCAUGUUGGACCUGUACCGUACUUUAGCCAACGAGGAGCUGGACCGGUGGCAGGGGGCUUCGUUGCCUUUUCAUACGUUCCAGAGCGCACACACACCCCUGGAAGAGACCUUCCUCAGUCAAGCAGAUACUGUAAUGAGCUUUGUUAAUGUAGUGGAACACAAUGAAGAUGCUUUUCACCAUGAGGCACUGUGGAAAGAAUUUAAGUUUGAUUUAACUCAGAUCCCUCAAGGUGAAAUGGUAACUGCAGCAGAGUUUAGGAUCUACAAGAGAGCAAAUGAGAGUUUUCAUGGAAACAUGACUCUUCACAUCACAAUUUACCAGGUGCUGCAGGAGUUCAAGGACAGAGAACCAGAGCUCCUCCUAUUGGAUAAUCAGGAAGUGUGGCCUGCAGAGGAAGGCUGGCUGGAGUUCGAUAUCACGGCGACGAGUAACCACUGGCUGAUGGACCCACAUUGUAACCUUGGCCUGCGACUCUGUGUGGAAACUGAUGAAGCCCCAGGGCACAGUCUGGACCCCGAUUUCAUUGGACUAGUGGGACAACGAGGGGCCCGUUCGAAGCAGCCAUUCAUGGUGACGUUCUUCAGAGCAAGUCAGGCCCCGGUUCGUAAAAGACGGGCUGCAAAACCACGCAGAGGUCGUAAGAAAUAUAGCCAACCGAAUGAAUCCUGUGAAAGGCUGCCCAGUGUGUCAGGUCAUAAUUCUGGAGAUCAGGGGCACGUAUGCAAGAGGCACGAAAUGUAUGUUAGCUUCCGAGACCUUAGAUGGCAGGACUGGAUAAUCGCACCAGAAGGAUACUCAGCCUUUUAUUGCGAUGGAGAAUGCUCAUUUCCACUUAACUCCCACAUGAACGCAACCAACCAUGCGAUUGUUCAGACACUGGCUCACCUGUUGAAGCCAGACACUGUUCCAAAACCGUGCUGUGCACCAACCAAACUCACUGCGACAUCAGUACUCUACUUUGACGAGAAAUACAAUGUGAUCUUAAAAAAGUACCGGAACAUGGUGGUAAAGUCGUGUGGAUGCCAGUGAGAAAUGUACACUUGCUGCGUAUUUAUCUUUGUCGAGUAUCAGUUUAUUAGGCAGCUGGAAGAAACAAAGAAGACAAAAACUGCCAGUCCCCAUGAGUCAUCAAAAUAUACAGUAUUUAAUAUGGGAUUCAAAAUAAGUAUCCGGGCAUACUGAAGAUUUAGACAUUUCAAUGACAUUGAAGGCAAGAAGAACUUCUAAAAUAAUAAGUGUGAUAAUAUAAUAAAGGUUAAAUCAACUACUUUUUUCCAUGCAUGAACAAAAUUGGCAAUGGAGACAGGACAUUGAGUUCUCAUGUUGGUGGCUAUGAAGAGGAUUUUAGCAAGAGCGGGGAUGUGGGAUUUGAUAUGCUUUGGUGUUUCAAGCAUGUCAGGACCUUAGGUGCGAGCUGCCACAACUUAGGUUAACCAAGGGCAAGCGAAACCAGGGCAGCUAACCCACUCCCAGGAGGCAGUCGGCAUUUAAAUAAAGCUGCCUUGACCUGCCUUUCAGAUCCAACUUUGCACAGACUUGAGAAAAGUAUCAUGAUAGCUAAAGCAGAUCAAGUAGACUGAAGCUUCUUAACACCCUUUCUGACUCGGGAUUUAAUUCCAUGCCAUUCCAAACCAACACCCCCCCCCCCCCACCAACCAUUGCCUGAUGUAUUUCUUACCUGUGCGAUCAUCCCAAACUGCCCACAACCCACUGCCCCGUCAUGUCAGGAUCUGAUUUCUUCAGUUCCUCCCUUGAAACCUUUGUGCCAGUCUGCCAGUCAAGCCAACUAUAUGUGAGAAACUUGCCAAUAGCAAAAUUAGCAAGCUUUCAAACUAAAAUUCCACAAUAUAUGGAGUUUAGAAAAAAAAAGUUCACCCAUUUAUAUAACCUAGCACAGUAAGUGUCGGGACCUGAAAAUAUAAGCCACCGAUGCAGACGAUGCAGAUUGACACAAUGUUCAUUCUCUUGCUAGAAUAUGAAAAUUAUUCUGUGUACUGAAUAUUAAAACAACACUGCUGAUUGAACAAACGCACAUUAAACUCUU